AUGUCUGCAAGAGGGUGUUGUGGAGCAGAUGCUGCUGCUGUUGCUAAUACAAAAACAGAAACAAAACCAACCAUGUUUUGCAAACAGAAGUCCUGCAAGAAAAUCAAGGACCAGAAGCAAACAAACUGCAUAAAAAGCUGCAAUUUCAGGCUACCAAAUUCAUAUCCCAUGAAGUAUCUGAGAACUCUAGGUGAAAAAAUGGCAGCACUUUUUAGAAAAUCUGACAAGAAGAAAGGUUGUCCCAGAGUUACAUCAUCAACCUCGGAGCAAUCGAAGCCAAGUGUUGCUCCCAUUGAUUCUCAAAGGGCUGAAGCCAUUGAUGAUUGCAUUGAGUUCAUUAAUUCUUCUUCAUCCCUGCCGAGAUCUAAUUCUGUUGUUGAUCAAUAG